CCUUCUUCUAUACCCUACUAUAAUAAGUACUAGUAUAGUAUAGUAUCUUUUCUAUAUCUAUAGCCAUCUCUGUAUCUUAUCUAUCUAUAGCGAAUAUGGUUAGAUUAAUGGAGAUGUCAUACUUGGGGAUGAUGGCAUUAUUAUUGAUGUUGGUGGUGGCCGUGGUAGCUGACGAUUUCAAGUAUAAAGAUCCAAAACAGCCUGUUGCUGCUCGUGUGAAAGAUUUGUUAGAUAGGAUGACCAUGGAAGAGAAAAUUGGUCAGAUGGUUCAGAUUGAAAGGAUUUCGGCUACUCCUGAUAUUAUGAAGCAUUACUACAUUGGAAGCUUGCUAAGUGGAGGAGGGAGUGUUCCAAAUCCACAAGCAACUGUUGUUGAUUGGAUCAAAAUGAUAAAUGAGUUCCAAAACGGUUCACUUUCAACCCGUUUAGGAAUCCCAAUGAUUUAUGGUAUUGAUGCCGUUCAUGGGCACAACAAUGUUAUUAAUGCUACCAUAUUUCCACAUAACAUUGGCCUUGGGGCUACCAGGGACACUGACCUUGUAAAGAGAAUUGGAGCUGCAACUGCUGCUGAAGUUAGAGCAACUGGAAUUCCAUAUGCUUUUGCUCCUUGUAUAGCGGUCUGCAGGGAUCCAAGAUGGGGACGGUGUUAUGAGAGUUACAGUGAGGAUACCAAACUUGUUCAAAGUAUGACAGACAUUAUAUUAGGGUUGCAAGGUGAAAUUCCCAAGGGAUCACGACCGGGUGUCCCAUAUGUUGCUGGAAAGGACAAGGUUGUUGCUUGUGCAAAGCACUUUGUGGCUGAUGGCGGGACAACUCAUGGUAUCGAUGAAAAUAACACUGUGGCGAACCAACAUGACUUGCUAAGCAUCCACAUGCCUCCUUACUAUGACUCUAUCAUUAAGGGUGUAUCAACGGUCAUGGUGUCAUAUUCCAGCUGGAAUGGUAGACGUAUGCAUGCCAAUGGAGAUCUUAUUACCGGAUACCUUAAGGACAAGCUUAAUUUCAAGGGCUUUGUUAUCUCAGAUUGGGAGGGAAUUGACCGAAUUACUUCCCCGCCGCAUUCCAACUACACUUACUCUGUUCAGGCUAGUAUUUUAGCUGGCCUCGACAUGAUUAUGGUGCCGAAUAAUUACAUCGAGUUCAUUAAUGAUAUUACAUCUCUGAUCAAGAGCAAAGUUAUCCCAAUGGAACGUAUUGAUGAUGCUGUGAGCAGAAUUCUACGUGUCAAGUUUACCAUGGGCCUUUUUGAGAACCCUCUUGCUGAUUUCAGUAUGGUUAACGAGGUUGGAAGCCAGGCACACAGAGAAAUAGCAAGGGAGGCGGUGAGGAAAUCACUAGUACUGCUGAAGAACGGGAAAAGGCCCGAUGAACCACUGCUGCCUCUACCCAAGAUGGCCUCAAAGAUUUUAAUUGCUGGACCUCAUGCUGAUAACCUGGGUUACCAAUGUGGUGGAUGGACAAUCGGUUGGCAAGGGUUUAGCGGGAAUGGAAACACAACAGGAACAACGAUUCUUAAAGGAAUUAAAGCUGCGGUUGACCCAAGCACCGAAAUCUCUUAUAUGGAGAACCCCAAUGGUGAUUUAGUCAAAUCCAAUAACUUCUCGUAUGCUAUAGUUGUUGUUGGCGAGCAUCCUUACACAGAGAUGUUUGGCGAUAGUUCAAACCUCACACUUCCAGAUCCUGGUCCAAGUGUCAUCACGAAUGUUUGUGGGAAUGUCAAGUGCGUUGUGGUCAUCAUAUCAGGUCGCCCAGUUGUGAUUGAACCGUAUAUGUCUGUGAUUGAUGCUCUGGUUGCCGCUUGGUUACCCGGCUCUGAAGGUCAAGGUGUGGCUGAUGUCCUUUUUGGAGACUAUGGGUUUACUGGUAAACUUUCAAGAACUUGGUUUAGAACUGUAGACCAACUCCCCAUGAACAUAGGUGAUCCACAUUAUGAUCCACUUUUCCCUUUUGGAUUUGGACUCACAACAAAAUCAGCGAUCGAAAGGUCGAUUUCUGCUGGUGUCGUUAGAAGACCAUCAGUCGUUGGCAUUUUAGUGUCUCUGUUGAUCACUUUGACUUUUUCACAUAGGUACAUCGCAUAACUUAGGGGAAACUUAGCUUAUAUAUAGGAGCUCAGCUUCCAUCCAUCAUUUUGUAGACUUUAGGGGAAUUCUGUGAGGUCUGUCGGCCUUUAGAAUUUAUAGAUUUAGAUGUCAGGUAUUGCUGAGUUGCGUUGAUGCCUCUACUUCAAACAACCAAUUUUUUUUUACACUUAAGACGAUUCAAUGCAAUGUUAUUACUAGUAUUAUUUACAAUGUUGACGGCAUAUGUAUUUGUUUUGGUUUGAUAUUGACAAUGUUGAAGGCAUUUGGUUCA